UUUAUGUGUGAAUCGGUCGGACGGUGUGAUCGCGAGGGAAAAGGGAGGCGUAAAAGAGCGAUAACGAACGGAAGACCGAAACGUUUGCGCAACAGCAGUGUUGGUUUGAAACACGCGCUCUAUGGGACAUAAUCCGCGGGUAAAAUCAGAAGCGCGCCCGUGUUUGUUUGUCCAGUCAGUCGUUUGAUUUCAGCACCAGCCCUAGGACAGCACGCUAGCAUGUGUUUACUAUAGUAAAACAGUGUAAACGCGAGUGUGUUGUGGAGAUCAGAGCGGAAUGGCAUCGUGGUGGAUCACGUUCAUCGCUUUACUGUGGGAGCUCCAGUGCUGUUUGUGCCGUGAGGUCACUCUUCCCGCUGGGCCGCUGUACCGGGUCGCAGGUUUCUCGCUGUCCCUUCCCUGUGCCGUUUCGGGAUACGAAGGCCCGCGGACGCAGGAUUUCGAGUGGUACUUGUACCGGGAGGAUGCUGAGGGUCGACAAAUCGGUGUGGUGUCUACGCGGGACGCGGGCUUUCCAUACGCACCGUUCCAGAGUCGCGUACAGGCCGGAGAGGUUCGGGUCGAGAGAGAUUCGGGCGACAAAGCCAGGCUGAUCAUCCAGAGGCUCCGCGCAGAUGAUCAGGGCCGCUACGAGUGUUACACACCCAGCACUGACACCCGCUUCCAAGGAAACUACAGCUCAUCAGUGGUGGUCAAAGUGAUUCCAGACACGCUGCUCAUAACACACACUCGCAUUCUGAGCGGCCAGCCUGUAAUCGAAGGCACUGAGCUUCAGCUGACGUGCGCCACAUCUGUCCAAUCAGAUCAGCACACUCAUGUGUCCGUCACGUUCGGCGUGCGGAGCAGCAGAGGGGCGGAGUCUCUGGGUCACAACCUGAGAGAGAUCAUCGCCAUCGACCGCGAACUGCGUGUGACGCCGGGCCACAGCGGCGCCUACGGAAAGAGAUACCGGGAUGGAGAGAUCGCUGUGGAAAAGCGGAAGGGGGACGGAGGCCGGGAUCUGUACGUGCUGAAGAUGAGCGCUCUGGCACCGGAGGAUUCUGGGUCGUAUUUCUGCGAGGCUGCGCAGUGGAUCAGAGAUCCGGAUGGCAAAUGGGAACGCAUCGCACAGAGGACAAUGGAGCUCGGGAAUCUCACCGUUCAACCGCUUGCGGACACGCUGACUGUACAUUCUGUACCGGUUGGUGACGUCUCUCUGCAGCCCGGCGCUCCGCUCACCCUCACCUGUCAGGUGUCCGGCGUAGGCGCGUGGAACCGCUCGGCGCUGCUGGUGCAGUGGAUGAGGCGUGGGCCGGCGGGCGGCGUGGAGGUGGAGGUGGCGCGCGUGUCUCCCGACGGCGUGGUGGCCUGGGGUGAUGACGUCAGCAGGGCGGGAGGCGGCAGCAUGGAGAAGGAGGCCGACGGGAGGUUCUCUCUGCGCCUGUUCUCCGUUUACCCUGCUGACGCCGGACUCUACCGCUGCGCCGUGAGCGUCUACGCCGGGAGGAAAACGCCAGGACCGACGAGUCCCGCCACGAUAACGCAGAGAUCAGACUGGGUCACUGUUAGCCUGAAGACUAAAGAGGUCCGUGUAUCUGCCAGCGUUGAUUUACCCCGCCGACCGCUCCUGAAGCGCGGCAGCACCGUCACCUUGUUCUGCAACGUGUCUGUGCAAACCACGGGUGCUUCGCAAGUGGAGGUGCAGUGGCUUCACAAGCCGGACGACCCGGUGAAGAAAGACGGUACGCUUUCUGAGGAGAGCACAGGAAGUCGCCUCCUCGCGACUCUGACCUACGACGGCCUCACACGCAUCUACAGCAACGGCAGCGAUUUGAGCGUGGACCGCAUGUCUGAACGCUCCUACAGGUUAAGGAUCUUCUCGGCCGUUGAGGAGGAUAAGGGACAUUAUCAGUGUCGAGCGGAGGUUUGGUCACAGGAUCCACGUGGCGGAUGGUACAACACCGGCGCUAAAGCAGAGUCAGUGACCGUACAACUGUACCUGUAUGCACGAGUUGCUGAUCUGCUGCUCUUACCGCUUGUGAUCGGCGUGUCGUCGGCUCUGUUCGUGGGCAUAUUGAUUAUCGCCACUGUGACCUGCUGCUUCAUGAACAGACUGGCUAGACAGCGAUCCCGCAUAAGGAAGUAGGAAGUAUGAGAGAGACCUAAAUGGAAAAACAUUCAAUAACUUGAAUAGAGCAAAGAAGAAAAACGGGUUUUGAACAGGUUUAAGAUAUUUUGUCGGUCUUGACAUAAUGUGCACUCACAAUUAGGAAGGAGCGAUAUUGAAAAGGUACUGAAUCGUCACGUUAUAUUAAUCCAUACGUGGAUGCUAACAGUUGCAUAUACACAAACGCACAUAGAUUCACUUCAAGCUGUGACAUUGUGAUUUGCAGUGUUUCUAUCCACUCCACUAAGCUGAAUAUUAAUUUCUGUGUGCAAUUGCACAGAGUGAAUGAAGGACGUCACAUGGUGGAUAUAAAUCACCCCCUCUGUUUAAACUAGAGCCUCGGUGCUGAUUUGUUGUGGAGAUCUAGCAGAACCACUAAUAAUCAAUCCACAGAUGUCCAGCACUGAAAUCACUCGCUGUUUUACAGCAGACGCACUGCUAUGAAAUGUGCUUGUAAUGCAGUGUAAGAUUAAUAGAGUACUUGUUGGUAUAAAACACUUUUACGGCACUUUACGAUAUGCCAUAGUUUUUUUAUUUUUCAUAUUUUUGUAUUAGAAUGAAAUGCAUUGAAUAUCUUGAGCAGUUCCUGAGCAAAUUGUUCUCUAGUCACGUUUGUUUCACAGUGACAUGUUCAUAUAGUUAGUUCUUUCUCAUGUUCUGCAUUGCAAAUGGUGAAUUAAACAAAGAAAUGUCUGGGCCAUAUUUUACCCCAAAAUUAGAAGAAAAAAUAUUUUGCAUCAGGGUUUUUUUUUUUUACUCAGUGUGCAGAAUAUUUUCUUUAAAAGCAAAUUUUCAACCCAAGUGGCAAAAUUCAGGACUCAAUACUAAAGUCAAUACUUAAUUCAGUACAGCAAGUGCUAAUUGUUGUACUAAUUGUACCUAAUAAAUUAUCAAAUGAUAUAUUAUAAAUCUAAGUUUAAAUAUAUAUAUAUAUAUAUAUAGAUAGAUAGAUAGAUAGAUAGAUAUAGAUAUAUGCAUGUAUAUCUGCGUGUGUGUUGUAAAUAUGUAUUGUUUUAUUUUUAUUUAUUUUUUAUUUUUUUCCUCCAUUUGGCAUCAUAUGUUUAUGAAAAUUAAGCACGCAAAUAUACUGUUUUUUUUUUUAUUAAAAAUAGUACUGAAAAUGAACUUUUUUUGCAUUACAGUAAUGAAAAAAUAAUAUUAAAAUAAAACUAUAUAUAUCAUUUUAUUUUAUUUUUUUUUUGCACAUUUGGCAUAUUUUUUUGAAAAUUUUAAGUUAAGUUUACAACCCAAAUGCCAAGGUUUGUUUUUUAAUUUUCAGUAAUGCAUCAUAUAAUGUAUAAAAAUACAAAUACUACAAUUGUUGCAAUUGUUGUACUAAUUAAAAAAAAAUAUAUAUAUAUAUAUUUAAAAUAAAAAAUAGUAUUGAAAAUUUGCUUUUUUUGCAUUACAGUAAUGAAAAUUGUGGAUGAAAAAACUUUGUCUCUUUUUUUUAUUUAGAGGUGAAAUAUGCUCCAGGCAUUUCAUGACAUGUUUUUUUGUUCACUUUCAAUACAGUAAAUAUGACAAAUAACUAAAAAUAUGAGUAGCAUGUGAUCAGAACCACUAAGUAACAAGGUCUAAAUAAGUUGUGAGAAGUUCAGGCAUUUUAGCAUGUUUCCUAAAUGGUACCUAGAGAACCAAACAACCACUUUAUUUUAUUGAAACAAAGCCACUUUACCUUAAAAAGACACAGAACUGAGAGGAGAGAAGUUCCCUUGUGACAGCUCCUCUUGUAAAGACAAAUGAAGUUUCUCACAUAAACACGACUGAAGCUUUGAGUCAAGAAUCUACUUGAAAUGCAGUUCAAGACGUUUAUUAGUAACGUUUACCAGGAUUUCCCACUGCACUUACAGAACCAGAGUGGGACGAGGACCAAAUCUUGUAUGUUUGAAAAUCAUCCUAAUGUUAAAACCUGUUUUUUACUGUAAUUUUACAGUUUUGUGCAUCUGGUUGUUCUACAAAACAGGUGCCUUUUGUGUCCCCUGUGUGUAAAUAUUGAUUCCAACAAUUAAUUCGUGUUUCCAGAUGAAAAUAUUGUGCUAUUCUCUACCAGGGACCAGCAAAUGUCUCCUCUUCAAUCAGUAUCUCAUAUUUUGAUCGCUUUUAUUAGAAGAACACGUCAUAAAAUGCUCAAACCUGUGCUGAAUUUUUUUUAUAUACUGAAUUUGGAAAAAAUUAUAUUUUUAGAAACAUAACCCACUUACCCCGUUGUGCCUUUUCUGAAGGCAUAGUUACAUUCCACCAUUUAUUAAUAUUUGUUAAUUAAGCUGGAGAUGGUGCAAUGCACUUAAUACAAUCUUAGUUUGCUUCAGAAAUCAGCUUUUUAAAACAGAAACCAUCUGUUUCAAGCAACCCAUCUGAUAAAAUAGUGUGUUUUGAAGCAAUGGAUGAUAAAUGCACUGUUAUUACUGGUUUAUUUCCUAUGGCAGACGGUAGUUUAGAUGGAUGAGAGAUUUUGCUUGUUGAUCCUUUGAAUCAUUGCGAUUAUGAUGUUUCUGCAGUCGCUUCUCUGUGGGAUUGUACUAAUGUGAAAGCCACGUUAACAUGGAAAAAAGGGAUUCCGUGAUUCUGUACUUAUUUACAGCGUUCAGAUGCAGAGAUCUGAUUUAUCCUCUUACGCCACGUGACUGAACGCCGAGUGACAGUCGCUGAGAGUAGCAGAAUAUUCUCUGGAUAUUAAUCCUCUUGUUUAUGGUCUGAAUUUCUCGUGUCACACUCAAGUGUUUCGGGUAGUAGCCAUCAUGUUCUCUUUCCUCAGUUGUGAUUAUUUUAAUUGCCCAACAAAGUUUGGGAUCAGUAAGUCCAAGUCUCUUGUCUUCACCAAGGCUGUAUUUAUUUGAUCAAAAUACAAAAAAAAUUGCAAAAUGUUACUACAAUAUAAAAUAAUGGUUUUUAUUUUAAUAUACUUUAAAGUAUAAUUUAUUUCCGUGAUGCAAAGCUGAAUUUUCAUCAGCUGUUACUCACACGAUGUUUCAGAAAUCAUUCUUAUAUUCUGAUUUAUUAUUAGAAUUAAUGUUGGAAACAGUUGUGCUGCCAAAUAUAUUUUUGGAACCUGUGAUUCUUUUUUUCAGGAUUCUUUGAACAAGAAGUUAAAAAGAGCAGCAUUUAUUCAAAAUAUAAAUCUUUUCUAACAGUGUAAAUCUAUACUAUCAUUUUUUAUUGGUGAAUAAAAGUAUUAAUUUCUUUCAAAAAAAGAAAGAAUAAAAAUGUACUGACCCCACCCAAACUUUUGAACAGCAGUGUAUAUUGUUAAAAAACCUUUCUCUUUUAAAUAAAUGCUGUUCUUUUUAUCCUUUUAUUGAUUAAAGAAUCCUGAAAAAAAAACAUCACCGGUUCCAAAAUAUUAAGCAGCACAACUGUUUUCAACAUUGAUAAUAAAUCAUAAAUCAGCAUAUUAAAUUAUUUCUGAAGGAUCAUGUGACACUGUGCAUGAAAUGCUCAAGAAUUGUAUGUUGUCAAUCCCGACUAACAAGACGCGAUCAAUCACUUCUGCUGUUCACUCUGAUUGUUUGAAUUUGGCUCAGAGUUGUGAUUGAGAGCAAAUUAACAAGACAAAAUGUUUCGUUGGAAGCCGUCACGCUCAACAUUUGUUGUCUUACCUUUUUUUAAUGUGCAUUAUAUAAUAUGCAGUAAUGCAGUUUUGUAACACUGUAUGUUCUUGCGCUGCGUCGUGUGAGGUUUUGUAGUCAGUGGUUUUGUUGUCUGCUUCAAUUUUGUGUUGAUGGUGCUUGAGGUUCCUGAAUAAAACACGUACUGAGA